AAUAAAUAAAAAUAAUCCACAAAUUUACACGAAAAAAAUGUACUGAAACGCGUUCUAAUUGUUUAAAUUUUUGUUAUUUUGUUACAAUUUACCUUCGAGAAUAAGUAAAACAAUCGUGUAGCAGAAAAAAAAUCGCCUUUUCGGGGGUCCAAAAAAUGUCUUACAAGGCAAACGACGACCACGAUCCGCAAUUUGAGGCUGAAUUGGAAAAGGCAAAAGCUUUGUCCCUCGAAACGCAUGCCUUGGAGCAAUUUAAACAGAAACGAAGACUAACAGCUGCCGGCAUUUCAACCACAUCCAGUUACAGUUCAGCAACGAGCUCGAAUAAUGGAACGACAAUAAAUGAUGUGACUUUGCGCGAAUAUAAGCAGCAGCUUGAACGGAGAUUGGGCAGACCUUUAUCUGGAGGCAGUGUGGAUACGUGGAAGACAACUUCUGCAACUGGGAACAACAAUAAUAAUGUGCCUCGACGUGCGAGUGAGAUACGACCUCCCGAAAUAAAUCGCGAUGUGCCGGAUUUGAUGGAUUUUAAUGCGCCAUCGCCUACAAAGCCCAAAGAUCCACAGAGUGAGGCGCACGAUAAUUUUAAGCAGUUGGUCGAGGAUAUGCAUAAAUUGAAUACCCAACUACAAGAUGUACGAAAUGUUACAUCGAUGAUGCCGCAUCCCGCAUUUGCACCUCGUGUUCCGCCCCAAACACCCUCCUAUGGUUUCCAAACGCAGUCACAAAUGCAAAUAGUGCCGUACAAUCCAACGCAAGUUGCUCAACUUUAUCCACAAUUACCGCCGCCGCAACAACAACAAUCACAAGACACGAAAAAGCCAUUGACGCCCGAUGAAUUACAACGAUUAUAUAGUCUUAAUAACGCUGUAGUGCCUCGUCCCGCGGGAUAUAUUCCUGCGCAACCACCAACCUAUGCCGGAUAUUACGGAACUGCUCCGUAUUCCAUGUACGGCUCAAAUGCCUCAUCUGGCUCUUCAACGCCGUAUCAAAGUAUUUAUCCGACAGCGAUGCCAACGGGAGCUGCACCAAAACUUCCUCCCCGCAAUUCGAUGCCAGGACAAAAUACGUAUCAACAAACUGCACCUGCAAUUCCGCCGCGCGUUUCAAGUCCCGCUGCCAUAACAGCAAGUAGCUCAAAUUCAUCGCAGCUGCCACAAUCCAACUCGACUGGCUCACUAAAUCAAUCGUCAAAGGGAUAUUUCGAGGCUGAAAGUGUUCAAUUACGCAAGAAAAAUCGAAAUCAAAGCGGAGAUUUGAUUGAUUUAAGCAACGGCGCUGAUGACUCUCGUGUUAGUGUUUUAGAGGCCUUCGACCCACUUUUCAUUGGCGAUCGGUCAUCAAGCGAAGACGAUAAAGAAAGUGUUCAGUCAUCUUAUUACUCCGAAUACGAUCCUUUCGACUAUAUCUACAGCGGCGGUACGCAAUAUUCCGAUCCUGUGUAUGACGCUGUGACUCGCGCCGACAAAACUCCCAUUUCCCCUUCGAGCGGAAGUGGCGGAAGGCCCAUUGGAUGGUAUUUGCCAACAACUUCUGAUAGAAUUCCUGAAGAUGAAGACGAACCGCCUCCAUUACCGCCGAGAAUCACGCCAACUGAAGAAGAACCUGUCGAAUUACGAAAGCCAACGUCAAAAUUAUUCCAAGAUGUCGUGUUGAAACGAACUUAUUCGCGUGAAAUGCUCGCUUUCUACGAAAUGGUUCGCGAAUUAAGGUCUCAUUACCGUUAUGAUGAUGAAAAAACGAAUAUCGGGCAUGUCUUGGCAGCGCAAUUCGUGAGUCAAUAUCCCGAAGGAACGAGUAUCAAACUGUUAGUUUACCCCGAAUUGAGUGCCUUGACGAAUGGCGGCGCAAGUACUGCCAGUAUUGAAGGAAUUUUAUCGGGUUACGGGCAACCCGUGGCAUUUACUUGUGAUAUUACGUCAACCGUUGAACAUGUCAUCAUGCAUGUCGUGUGCGAACUCGAAGGACAAAUCAUCGGAUCUGUGUCGGAUUACAUGCUGAAGACAAUUGGAGCGCAGGAAUGGCUUUCCGGAGAUACCGCCUUGAAUCAAUUGGAGUGCAUUCACAAUUGCGUCAAGCUUGAACGUGACAUCCAGCUCGGUUUAUGUCGAAAAUCUGAAAAAUUAUUAAAAGUAAUUGCACGAACGCAACAAGAUGACAUCCGAGAUGCCGAAAUUACCGUAGAAAAUAUCUUGCCACGCGAGCCAUCGACUUGCAUCAACUACGAUCAACUCAUAAUCCUGUUGGAAACGCUCGAAACGGAGAUAGAUAAGCUCGAAUUGGCGGCAAGUGACUCUUCGACGCGAGUUUUGGCCUGUUCCGGUGUCGUUCAAGCCGUAAAAGCGAUUUGUGCGUUACUCGGCAGUAUCGACACGAUGAAAAUUUCGACAGCAAUCAACGAUUUGAAGACAACUUGUGAUAUGGGUCAUCGAAAGUUCAUGUAUUCGUCCGAUAAUCGCGGCAGCAAAAUCGAAAUUGUUUCCGAUCAGGGAAAUUACGCGGAAGUAGCGUUCCGCCCAAAGACUUUGUUCGAAACCAUGCAACGGAAUUGUGAUAAACUACGAGAUGCGGUGCGAAAUUUGUUGGAUAUUUACACGCAUGCAUUCCGGGUGAAUUUUUGGGUCAACACGUCAAGUAUCGCAACGCAAAAGAAAGAAAUUUCAACGUUACACAUGCUUCGACCCGUGCAAAUUCACAUCAACUUCUUACAUCGCAUACCGCCUGACUGGAAAUACGACGAUUACAUCUUGGGCGCGCAAAUUUUCCACGGAGCUCGAUACCUAGGCGAACCAAUUGUGCGACAAUGUAGCAACAACGAAGAAAUUAGCGGCAUUUAUCCACGUCUCAAGUUUGAUUCGUGGCUGCGGUUCGAGACAAUUACCGUUAAUAUGUUACCACGAGAGGCGAGACUGAUUUUCGUGUUGUACGGGUGCGUAAAUGAGCCCGUUGACCCCCAAGAUCCCAAUGCGAAGAACCAAACGCAGGAAGGGCGCAUCACAAAAAUGGAGUUGGGAUGGACUGCAGUUCAAUUUUUCGAUUUUGAACGGAAAAUGAUCGAAGGAGAUUUACUUUUGUCGCUGUGGCCUCCAACGGGAGACAAAUAUUUCUGUCCUGCACCUGGAAAAGGCACACAUCCUCUGGGAAUUUAUUUUCCUGUGUUAGGGAUUCAAGUAGCGGAUUAUGGAGGAACUUUAGUGUUUCCAGAACCUCACACGGAUAUUCCUCCUUGCCCAAAAUUGGAUUUUAACAGUUUAGACAUCAAUUUGCAGCAGGAACUCAUCGAUACAGCAGAACAAGGUUAUCCCUUGGAUAAAUUGGAUAAACGUGAAGUUUUGUGGGAGAAACGUUACUAUUUACAUUCCUUCCCGAAUGCACUGCCACGAAUCCUGCACGCUGCCUAUAGUUGGGAUUACAAUUCAGUUCGAGAUUUGCAUUCUUUAUUACGAGCUUGGACCCCUUUGGAGCCUUUACAAGCAAUGGAACUCAUGUUAUCACGAUAUCCUGACCUAGAAGUGAGAAAAACCGCCGUCAAAUGGUUCUCCAAAAUCUCAAAUGAUCAAUUAGUCGACUUUUUACCGCAAUUACUGCAAGCACUGAAGCACGAAACUUACGAAGCGUCUCCUCUGGCGCGACUUUUGCUUGCAAGAGCUUUGGAAUCUCCUCGCGUCGCUCAUUACCUGUAUUGGUUAUUGGCCCAUAGCUUACCUGGCGAGGCUCCACAGAACGAAAACACGUUAGAACUGAACGUAGAUCAAGCAGUUGUCAAUCAAGCACGAUUCCAUCGACGAUAUCGCCUCAUGUUGCGAGCGUUAUUGGCGAUUUGUGGCGAAAAACUUGCCUCGAGAUUCAUUUAUCAGAACAUGAUUUGCAAGGAAUUGUCGGAUAUUGCACAAUCCGUGAAACAAGCAAAGGAAUCUCAUCGAUUGCCGUUGCUGCGAACUGAAGUAGAAAAAGUCAAUCAACUCUUGCAGGAACAUCCCACGUCGUUGCCUUUGGGUCCCGGACUCGAAGUUACGGGCGUUCGAAGUCAAAGUUGCAAUUAUUUCAAUUCAAACACGUUGCCGCUCAAAAUUUACUUUACCGGUCCCGAUCCGGGUCUCAUUCCAGCAAUUUUCAAAUGUGGCGAUGACUUACAGCAAGACAUGUUAACGCUCCAAAUUGUGCGAAUUAUGGACAAAUUAUGGCUGCAAGAAGGGCUCGACCUGAAAAUGGUGACUUUUGAUUGCAUUCCAACCGGCGACAAGAAGGGAAUGAUUGAAAUGGUCUCUGAUGCGGAAACGUUGCGUAAAAUCCAAACAGAAUUCGGUUUAAUUGGCUCAUUCAAGGAUAAACCAAUUGCUGAAUGGCUGGCAAAACAAAAUCCGAGUCAACUCGAAUACCAAAGAGCAGUAACGAAUUUCACGAGUUCCUGUGCCGGCUAUAGUGUCGCUACCUACAUUUUGGGCAUCUGCGAUCGACACAACGACAAUAUCAUGCUGAAGACCUCCGGGCAUUUGUUUCAUAUUGAUUUCGGGAAAUUUCUCGGCGACGCGCAAAUGUUUGGGAAUUUCAAGCGGGAUCGAACGCCGUUUGUGCUUACGUCGGAUAUGGCUUAUGUGAUAAAUGGCGGCGAUCGUCCCUCGGAUAAAUUUCAAUAUUUUGUCGAUUUGUGUUGCAGAGCCUUUAAUAUUGUGCGAAAACACAGCAAUUUAUUGUUAAAUUUGUUCGCGUUAAUGGCAACAAGUGGCAUUCCAGGUGUGACAACGGAAGCGGUGACUUAUGUGAGAAACGCUCUGCUGAUGGGACAAUCAAAUCCAGAGGCAUCUGCGAGUUUUGCGAAAAUGAUUCACAUUUCGCUGAAAUCCAAAUUCACGCAAUUCAACUUUUUCCUGCAUAAUUUGGCACAAAUGAGAUUUACGAGUGACGGCGAUGGCGGAGAAUUGCUGAGUUUCGUGCCGCGCGCUUACACAAUGGCACAGGAGGGAAAACUUAAGUCUGUUAUGGUGCAUGGGUAUCAAAAGCGAUACGAUUUGGAGAAAUAUUAUACUUACAUCUUGAGGAUAACGAGACAAAAUCAACCAGAUCCGGGAUAUUUGUUCCGUUCAUGGAAGGAAUUUUGUGAAUUUCAUUCGAAAUUGUGUCUUUUGUUCCCGCUCGUGAGGUUUAGUAGCUUGCAAACGGGCAUCCAUGUGGGUCGAAGUAACAUCAAGACAGUUGCAGAACGUCGCGUUCCGGUCAUUCGACAGUUUUUGGUGUCACUUUUCAAUUCAGCAGAUGAAAUAGCGCAUUCGGACUUGGUUUACACGUUUUUCCAUCCACUGUUGCGGGAUCAGCAAGAAGCCGAUAUUCAUCAAAAGAAAGUUAAAGAUGUUCGUCCUCCUCCAGUAUUGACGGAACGUGUCGGCGGUGAACUAAAACUUUCCUUGCAAUAUCAUCGAGGAGCAUUAACGGUCAUGAUACAUCAUGCCCGCUCAUUACCCAUCAAAACGAAUGGCGAAGAACCAAAUACGUAUGUAAAAGUCUAUCUUAAACCAGAUCGAUCGAAAUCAACGAAACGCAAGACGAAGGUGGUUCGGAAAAAUUGCUAUCCAAGUUUCAUGGAGACGUUGGAAUAUCGCAUGCCACUCGAAGUAAUCAGAUCUCGCGUGCUUCAGGCCACCGUUUGGUCUCACGAUUCAUUGCAGGAAAAUGAAUUUCUUGGCGGCGUCGAACUACCGUUGGACAGUUUCGAUCUAAAAGACGAAAUUCUCAAGUGGUUCCCACUCAUCUCAAUUCCACGAUCAAGAGUUUAACUUUUAUUCGACUUUUAUUUAUACACAAAAUUAAUCGUUAUAAUUAUAUAUAUUUGUUUGUCAGUCAUGUGUUAUUGUUUAAAAUUCAAGAAAAAAAAGUGAUGUUAAAUUAAGAUUUGUGAUUGGCUCCGUUUCAACAGAAAACUACCACCAAUUCAUAAAGCAUGCCAAAUAUUUAAGAAAAAAAAUGGAAAAAGAGUUACGUAGGACGCAAAUCACGUUCACAUAAAAAAAAAUAGUUAUCAUAUGAAACAGUAUACUAUAAUCAUUUAAACGUAGCAAACAUAAAAAUAGACAGGACACAAUGCUUUUAAUCAAUAAAUAUUACGUAACAAUAAAAAAAAACAACAUUUGUACGAACAUUCCUGAAAAAAAAUUUUUUUUUCUCAUUUUCUAAUAAAAAAUUGUAAAAAAAAAUUAAUAUUUAAAA